CCACUUCUUCUUCUAUUUUUAUUUUAAUAUUUAUUUUUUUCCCUCGAAAAAAUCUCAAAAAAUGAGAGCUUCAAAUCAUGGCUUCUUCUCCCUCUUUUCUGUACUGCUUCUCAGUACUCUCGUUGCUGUUCAAGCCGUCCCCAAGGGCGCUCUGAGCAAUAAUGCCUAUUGGCGAACCUGCCCCAAAGCUUUGAGAAUUAUCCGAGACACCACCUUCCGACUCGCUCGAUCGAACCCCGGUCUCGGAGCGCAACUCCUCCGAGUUCAAUUCCACGACUGCUUCGUUCGGGGAUGCGAUGCCUCGGUUCUGUUAGAUAGUAUCACCGGAAACCCGUCGGAGAAGGAAGCAAGACCGAACUUAUCGUUAUUAGGGUUCGAUGCCAUUGACACAAUCAAGUCGGAGGUUGAGAAGGCUUGCCCUGGAGUUGUCUCGUGUGCCGACAUUCUUGCCGUUUCUGCUCGUGAUGCUGUUUCCUUUCCGUUCAAAAACCGGCGGCUGUGGCCAGUUUUAACCGGAAGAAGAGAUGGAACUGUUUCGCGAUCAUCGGAAGUUACCGGCAAUAUCCCGUCGCCGUUCUCUAAUUUCACCACUCUUAAGCAAAUCUUUGAGAAUAAAGGCCUUACCGUGAGCGAUCUGGUGAUUUUAUCAGGUGGGCAUACAAUUGGAGUAGCUCAUUGUGGCACAUUCUCAAGGAGGCUCUACAACUUCACAGGCCAAGGGGACGCAGAUCCUUCAUUAAAUCCAAUCUACGCCAACUUUCUAAGACAAAAAUGUCCAAAUCCAGCUGAUUCUUCAAUUACCGUAGAAAUGGACCCAAAGAGUUCACGUUCAUUUGACACUGAUUAUUUCAAGAUCCUCACACAGCACAAAGGUUUGUUUCAAUCCGAUGCGGCGCUCUUGACCGACGACUCGUCGUCUCGGAUCGUCAAAGAGUUGCAGAAGCCCAAAGCUUUCUUCCCUAGCUUUGCUAACUCCAUGUUGAAGAUGUCAGCCAUUGAAGUCCUCACUGGCAAGAAUGGUGAAAUCAGGAAACGAUGUCGUUUUGUUAAUUGAGUUUAUUAUUAUUAUUAUUAUUAUUAUUAUUAUGUGUUGUUCAGUUUAAUUAUUUGUACUUUGGUUUUAUAUGUAUGUGUGGUAUUGAAGAAGCUAUAUUUAUAUGUAUU